GUAUAACCAUCUACGCCUCAUUCUGAGAUAAAACAUGAAGUUGAACCAAGCAGCCCUCGGAUUUGUUUUUGGAAUGGGAUGUUGUGUAGUUUUAUACACGGUAAUGAGGAAUCAGCCUCGAUAUGCAGAAAAGAACGUCCGCCCAGUUGAAACCUUCACUGAACACACCAAGGGGAAGACCCAUCAAAAACAGAACCGAUCACCAUCUUGGGUCCUUCGUUCAGAAACAAACAAUGCUGGACCACUCAAGCAAAUUCGCCAGCAGGGACAGAUCGUUCUACCGGAUAAGGAUGGCAUCGCGAAGAUGACCGUCAGUGAAGCGUUCAGAACGUAUCACAGUUACCUUGACAACACAGAUACGUUGUGCAACCGGAAGCUACGCAUGGGUAAACUGGGGGAUGGAGGCUGGGAGAUCUGUGACGACCCUGGUUACCGCCCAGUAAAGAAUUGUAUCGUGUACUCGUUUGGAAUCAACAACGAUUUUUCCUUUGACGAUGACACGGCCAAAAAUUAUGAGUGCAAUGUUUUUGCCUUUGAUCCAAGUAUGAACCAGGCCAGUUACCAGAGGUCGCCACGUGUCCGUUUUUUUAGGAUAGGCAUCGAUGGAAGAGACUACAAAAAGGCAGCUUGGGACAUGCGUACACUGACGAGUAUGAAGAAAAUGUUGAACCACACAGGGAGAGUCAUUGAUGUCUUGAAGAUGGAUGUGGAAAGUUCAGAAUGGCCUUCAAUCCCCAACAUGGUGUCAUCAGGCGAACUGUCCAAAGUCAGACAGUUUCUCGUGGAAUAUCACGGAACUUGCAGCGAAAGGAAUGACUGCAUCAACAGACUGAAAAUAUUGAAAGACGUCCAUGAUGCAGGUUUCAGGAAAUUUUAUGUCCACAAAAAUCAUCACUGUGGGUUUACCAAUAAUUUCUUUCCUGUCGUGAGGACACUUUGCUAUGAGAUUCAUUACGUGAACAUCAACCUUAUGUGAGUAUUAACAGAUCUCGGGAUUUUCAGGCAAACAGGUUUUGGGCCGUAUCUGUAUUUUCAUUGCUCCCGGGUUGUCCAUAGUUGAGGUUAUUUCACUUAGACAUGACCUGAGAACACUAUCAGAACUGUCUUGAAGUACAUAUCAAAUGACCUAUGCCAAGAAAUGUCACACGCUAAGUGCUUUUUUGGCAAAUCAUCUUGGCUUGCAAAAACCAUCCUGCAGAGAUGUCAACCCUCCCGAAUUUAUCGGAAUCAUCCCGAAAAUUGCAUGUGGAUUCCGUCAUUCCGACAAAGCCAAAUCCAUUUCGAUUUU